AUGCGCCUAAGCAGACUAUGGCGAAGCGAUGCGACCAACGAUAUUCAGCAGCUUCUCGAUAAAUGGAAGAAAAUUUCAACAGCCUCGUCGUUUACAAACCAUCCCGCCGACGAUAUCCUAAACUUACUGAAAGAGACAACCCAAAUGACCGCCUCUUCCAGCCCGUCUUCUGCAAAGGUGACGCAAUUCCCUACCCCUAGUGUACCAGCCCAGGUACUACUCGGGGAGUUGAAGAAUUCGGUCUUGAUUUGGAGGGCCCUCCGCCGGGGCCGGAUUCCCUGGGAGGCGACCAGCGCCCUGAUGCCCGUGCAGCUUGCCGUGCUGUCGGCCUAUCAGCGGGCGUACGUCGAACAACGGAGUGAACGCCGUCCGUGGGGAUUUUCCAGGGCCGUUUUGGACUCCUGGCGGAUGGCGGAUCCCGAUCUGAGGGACGUCCUGGAGCGAUUGCGGCGCUGCCAUACGGUGGUGGGCUUCGCCCAGGAGGUCUCCGCGGCGCUGCGAGGCCGACCACACCUCCGCCAGGUCCUCCCAGUCCCUCCGAAUGUUCUUCAACAGCUUUAUCAAUUGGGGAUGCAAUCGCCGUCCAUCUCACGCGAAUGCCAUCCAAUGGAUACGCGCUCGUCCGCUCCCAAUAACGCCUUGCUGGCUCUAAACCUCUGUAAACAACUCGCCCUUUCCACUCCUGAGCUCCAUUCAACCGCCGUAAGGGAGCGGUUAGUGAUGGAUUAUGCUCAUUUACAUGCUCAUAGUGGGGAGUGGGACCAGGCCCUCUCGAUUGUUCGAUCAAGCAGCGUAGUUCGCCUUUCGACGAAGGUGAGCUUUGUGAAACAUGCGCGUGAUCGAUCCCUCUGGGCGAGAGUGGAUCUUACGGCUCGAGAGGCUCCUGAAGCUGUUAUCGCAGCACCGCACUGGAGGCAGGCCCUUGAGGUUCUUAAUCGCUUUGCAGAUAACGAUGAUGUGCGAUUGGACUUUCUCUCACGUUCUGAUGUCAUUGCAGGGUUGAGUGAAUCUCCCUCGUGGAGUGAGUGCCUUUCUAUUUUUUCGAAGAUUACACCGGACAAGCAAACGUACGGAGCUUUACGGAAAAGCAUUCUAGAUCGGCUUCCGCGUAAAAACCCAGAGUUUAUUGUUCAGAUGGCACACGCACUAGCGCACGUUGGACCGCGGAUGUACUCGGGGACAUUUGCUCGUCGUCUAGAAAUGUUGAAAAAGAAGUGCAGCUGGGCAGAAGCCAUCGCGUUGGCCUGCGGCGCGAAAUGCUAUGAUCUGGCUUCAGCUUUAACCCCACAUUUGCUGAUUCCUAAUAUAUAUAAAUUACCUGCAGAUUUGAUCACCUAUGAGAAGGAUGUCUUGACACUUCUGCAAAUGCGUUCUGGAGGAAAAAUAACAUCACCUGCUUGUGAUACCAUCACAAGCCCAAGUCAACCUGAGGUUGACGUAAAUCAACUCACAUAUCCACAGCUCCUUGCACGUGCACUUUACGGGGAUUGGCGUGGCAUUUUACAUUCACCAGUUGCGCUGUCAAAUUCGCGAUUGCGUUCACUUCUUGCGGCGAAACGCAUAUCUGAGGACAAACUAAACGAUGUUGGUGAAGUCGAAUGUCACUUAUUUGAAAAUGCUGACGUAACCCAACUCGUUCUUUCUUGCGCAUCUGGGAAGAACCUUCAGUACUUCUUGAGAGUAAUUCCAUCUGCCAUGGACGCGGCCCUCAGGAAGAAGUGUGCCUCUCUUUCAAGAGAUGCCAAGGUGGUCUCCCCGUCUGACGCUUAUAAGAAUUUUUUAAGUUCUUCAACGAAGGUGGUUACAACUGAGGACUGCCAUGCGUUUUGCGAUUUGGUUGUGAAUCAUAUACGUACUCAAGCCAGCCAAGGAUCUUGUAGUCGUGAAACCCUCUUACUUCGGGAACUGGCGCGAUGCUGCGCGCAAGGGCGAGUGCAGCUUGCCUCAUCCGAUACCUUCGGCCUUGCGUUGGCUUUUUUGAGGGCCUGCAGGAACCUGAAGUGUCGGCCAGAGUCAACCACCGCGUCCAAGGCGUUCACAAUGAUUCCUUCGCCAAAGUUGGAUAUCAACCUUCCCGCAAUGAUUGUAGGUGUGAAUGCGCUAAAUCUUUUGGGAAAAUGCCAGACCGUGGCGAACGUUUAUACUCGUUGGCGUCGCAAACAGUGCGAGAGGGUAUUGCCAGAUCCUCCGAGCAGGCAGCACGUGGAGACUCAUCAGAUGCCUGAUAUGAGGGAGCAGCUGGCGGACGUCUUUGCACGUAUGGUGUACUACACUCCUUACCAUCAACAGAUCGGAUGGGCACGCCGAAUUUGGAGAGACCAGCGCAAUAAAUUUAGCAUUUUACUUCAAGAGCUGUUAGUGGGUGACACCCGUGAAGUCUCAAGAAUUCUUCAGGAAACGUCAACCCUUCUCAGUCGGGGCGAAAAGGAUCACCUUAAUACCGAAAGGCGUCUCUCGAUUCACGCAAAAGAAGUUCUUAUACUUGAAAAACGGAAGCUGUUGGGUGCGAGUUUCUGUAUACUGCACACCGAAUCAGCCCUGCAUAAUGUGGUUCGAGCUUGCGGAAAAAAACGUGCAGAACCUGGCGAUAUCGACGAACACGGGUUUCAGCGUCUGAUAAAAGUUCUCCCUGGACAGGAUGCGGCUGAGGCCAUCCUUUGUCUACACGAAGAAAACUCAGAAACUGUCGAAGAUCACUGGUUGGUUUCGAUCAUGGCAAGUCCUCACGUCUCCGCUGAACAGUUAGGGAGGCUUCGCGCCGCGCGACCGUACUCUGCAGUAGUCUCAAGCGCAUUCAAGGUUGCCUCAGGAUUAUUGGAAAAUAACCCCACUGGGGUUCUUAAAGGUCUGCUUAGAUUGGUCAUAAUUUCAGAAAACUCCAUUUUACAACAUUUUUUAUACGCAGCGCUUGCGAAGUUUAUGCAACACAUGUGUGAGAACGCAGAACUCGAGUGUGUCUUCAAAGCGGCUACCAACGUUGGGGAAAAUCAGAAACUAGCCAGAGAGAUUUACAAUCGUUUGUUCGGAAGCGCAAGCCUCGUAAGGACUUUAAAACACGAUCGCAAUUCUCUUACAAUGCUACUCAAGAAUCCGGAAACCCUGAGUCCUUUGCUGCUUAUGGGAUACCUCCACCACGUUCUGAACCGUUCCUUGAAGUAUCCCAUUAAGGCGUCUUUUUCCUUUCACAUGCUGCGAAUGACCUCGACCAAUACGCACGACUGGAUGACGGCAAUUUACUUUUUUAAGUGCAUUCGAUCGCCAAGAAUGGAGGAGCGGUGUUUGGUUGUGUGGGCCUCUCAGGGCUCCCCAGACGCCACGCGUUAUCUUGUUGGCUGCCGCCGUUUUCUUCAAGGCUGCCCGGAGCAGGUUGUGGUGUGGUGCGAUGAGAAACUCAAUCCAUCUGAGAAAUGGCAAGUAUCGCUUCGCCUUUUCGAGGCUGUGGCGGCGAGGUCAGUUUCUGGGGAAGAACCUCCCAUGAAGUCAGCCGAAGAAACGACGUGCUCUUCAGAGAAGGUCGACCAUGGCGAAGCAAAACCAACUCAUCCGGAUGCGUCUGAGAGAAUCCUUCAGGACCUUAUUUCCAAAUGGACUGAUAUCGAUUGUGUGCGAGCACUAGAGCUUCUUCGACGUACUGGAUUUGUGCGUUGCCAAUCAAAGGGGAAGGGAGGGGACACAAAACCCGGACCACCACCGAGCGAGUAUUAUGAGGAGGUGUCUGAUAAUGGGAAUGAGCUUCUUGUAGUUCGAAUGAUCCGAGCUCAGCAACAGCGAUGUCUGAUGUCAUGA